AUGGUAGACUCGACGGACGCAAGCUCGGACUGUAGCGCCAGCUCGGCGCCGCGCUCCGCCGCUGUCCGUAAGCGUGCCGCCCCCCUGGCCGUGCCCGAGGCCGUCGCGUGGCUGGACUUUCUCACGCUAGAGCUCGCGGCGACCAGCAACAGCGGCAAGACACAGUACCACUUGACGAUGCGAUACAAACCGAGCCACGCGAAGCUCUCGCCUUGCGCGUCGUGGACGCUGAGCCGUAGCUUUGACGAGUACCGGGCCUUUCAAAAGCGGCUAUCAAAGUUGCUGCAGCACGGCCAUUCGUGCGGCGCUGACUGCAAGUGGUUGUACAAGGUAGUGAAGCACUACUUUCCUCAAAAGUCUCUUUUCAGCAACAACUGCCCCAAAGUCGUCGCUGUCAGGCUACAGACGCUCAUUCGCUGUCUCACCACCGUCCAGGCUUCCCUCGUGAACCGAGGCAACCACGGCUGCAAGGUGCUUGUGUCCGAUGUAGGGGCCGAGUUCAAUCGCUUCGUCGUGAAGGGCAUGAAGGAUCUAGAGGAUAGCGCCGCAACUAGCGACUCGUCCGAGUUCAGCGCCGUCACGCGCGACUCGUUAGACUCCUUGGACUCAGAGAGUGGCUACGAUAACUGCGAAUCUGAUGAUGAUGACGACGACGAAGGAGAGGAAAGCGAAUGCGACGCUUGCCACAGCCGCCACGCCAUGUGUCGCACCCAUAGCAAACAAGCUGCUCAUCCUACGUAG